AUGGUUGUAAAGGUUCCUAAACUGACCCACGAAGAAGCAAAGGGUCCAAUUAUCUAUAAACCUCAUUUUACACAUCCCAAUCCUUUUCCAUCUGAUAGUCCUGUGUUUGACAUUUUGUUUACAAACAACAAGAACAAGGUCGAUCCAAACACUCGCACUUUUAUUGAUGUUGAGAACCCAGACAAUUUUGUAACGUAUGGUCAACUUGAACAAGAUAUUCUCGCAGUUGCUACUGGAUUAAAGCAAGUCUAUGAUCUCCAACCCCGCGAUGUAAUUGCUAUCUGUUGUCCCAAUGAUAUCAAUUACCCUAGUGUUCUUCACGGCAUUGUCUUUGCAGGUGGUAUUGCUGCUGCUAUCCCUCAUUCUAUCUCUAGCUACAAACCCGAGGAAGUGGCUCAAGACAUUGAAAAUAUCAAGCCCAAAAUGGUUAUUAUGAGCAGGCCCUUCUUAGAGCAGACAUUACCUCUUUUAAAGAAAAUGAAUAUUCCUGAAUCUAACAUCUUGAUUAUGGGUAUUGAAAGAGAAAGUGAAAAAGUCAAGAAUAGUAUCACAGAACACAUUCGUACAGUAGAGCAAGUGUUCUUAUCGUUAAGUAGCAAAUACACUAAGCAAGAACUGCUCCAGUCCCGAUAUAACUACACGGAACAAGAGCUCAAAGAAUCAGCCGCCUACUUCUUCUUCACUUCUGGAUCUACUGGCAAGCGUAAAGCAGUGAUGCUCACACAACACGGUAUGGUAGCUAUUCUAGCCAAUCGUCCCAUGGACCCUAGCUCAGAACCCUGCAGAAUAUUAGGUUGCAACAAGUUCUUUCAUAUCAGUUCUCUCAUGUUAGCGUUGCAUUUGUGUGUUUAUAAUGGAGAUGAGUGUUAUGUCUGUACCAAGUUUGAACUCAGGGAUUUGUGUGUAGCCAUUGAAAAGUACAAGAUCAACUCUAUGAUGGCAUUGUUCUACAACAUUUCUGAAAUGUGUAACAAGAGUGUUGCAGACGAAUAUGACAUUUCAUCUUUGACUGUGGUGUACAACAUGGGUACUCGUCUUCAUUUCUCUGCUGUACAGGCACUCAAGGAUCGCCACGGCUUGUCUGUGAUUGAUAUCUAUGGUUUGACGGAAACAUUGCUCUUCUUUAAGAACUCAGUUGAAGACACUAAAGUUGGAAGCACAGGUCGCUUAUGUCCAGGCUAUGAAGUUCGUUUGAUUGACGAUGAUGGCAAUGAUGUUCCUCGAGGAGAUGUUGGCCAUUUGAUUAUCCGAGGCCCUACUAUCUGUAAGGGAUACUACAAUGAUCCUGAAAUUACGGCUGCUACUUUUGAUAAGGAUGGAUACAUCUUUACAGGUGAUUUGUUGCAAUGCGAUAAUGAAGGAAGAUGGUACUAUGUUGAGCGAUACAAAGAUAUGAUUCGAUACUACGAGAGUUCCAUUUAUCCUAGUACAAUUGAAUCUGUCAUGAUGAAGCACCCUAAAGUACUCGAAUGUGCUGUUGUGGGCAUCAAAGUCCCUGCUAAGAAUAUCGAAGUGCCUAGAGGCUAUAUUCGCUUUGUAGAAGAUGUGUAUGGAUUAACAGAAGAACAAGAAGAAGAAUUGAAGCAAGAUAUUAUCAAAUUUACAGCUGAUCGAGUGGCGAAUGAAAUGCAAUUGCGAGGUGGUCUUUUCGUGGUGGAUUCGUUCCCUAGAACAUACAGUGGCAAAAUCCGUCGUUAUACACUCAAGGUUGAAGCUAAUCGGAAGAUCAUGGAAGAAUAUGAUGCCCAAUUCCUUUCUUAG